AUGUGCACCCUCACACUCGGGGCGUUGGAUGACAGGUGUGACCCGUCGCUGUUCGCACGGCAAAUGUGUGUGGAGCAGGAAUUCCCUCAGCUGAGCAUGGCCAUUGCAACUGUUGUGACAGCUUUGCCAGCGCUGCCCUACAGGCUAGCCGGCAGCUGGCGACCAGUGCGCGGCGCGCUGGCGUGGCGCGCUCAACAGGCUGGCAUGGUGGCCAGCCGUCUUGCCCUGCAGGACAGCCCUGCAGCUGACUACUAA